GUCUCUCCAAAAUGCGGGUUUCGACACAGCUACGAAUCGGUAUCGUUGGCGGCGGCUGGAAUGGCUGCCAUCUUGCUUUGGAGCUGAAGAAGCAGGGCCACCGAGUGUCCUUGUUCGAGCAGAAGCCAGAUAUCUUCCAAGGCGUUUCCGGAAACUUUGGCAUCCGCUUGCAUAAGGGGCCGCACUACCCACGGUCCAAAGCCACUCGCGAUAGCUGUCGCGAGGCCUUGGAGAAGUUCUGCGAGACAUAUCCCGACCUCGUUGUCUACCACGAGUCCGCGAUCUAUGCUCACGGACAAGCGGACGCACUUGGAAACCCAUCCAAGGUCUCUGAUGACGCAUUCAGGGAGGUUUGCUACGAGUCUCCUGAAUGUACUACGCUUGAUCCGGAGGCCAGUGGCUUUCAGGGUCUCCUCAGUGCGUACAAUCUAGACGAGCCUAGCGUUGCUAUUGGGGACCGGCUCCGCAACGCUUUCAAAGAGAAGCUGGGCCGUGCGGGCAUCUAUGUCCACCUCAAUACGACGGUUGAUCGCAUCAUCCACACUGGGGACACAAAUCGGAUCCAGACCGGAGACGGCCAGUAUAUCUUCGACGUGGUGAUCAAUGCCACCGGCUAUACUAGCCUUCUUCCCCAAAACAUUGCGGAUGCCCUCCCCGUCGACAUCGGUAUCACCUAUCAGACCUGCAUCGCUCUCGUUUACGAAGAUCAACAGCCACAGGAGAAGCCACUCUCCUUCAUCGUCAUGGAUGGCUGGUUUCCCUGCGUAAUGCCGGCAAUCGACUCAAACGAGCCCUUCCAAAAGAAAUACAUUUUAACACACGGCAGCUACACCAUCCUCGGGUCAUUCGACCGUCACGAGGAGGGUCAACAGCUUUUGGACAAUCUCGAUGACGAAGGCAUCGAGGCCCGCAUCAAGCCCCUCUGUGAGCGGGAGAUCACCCGGUUCUGGCCCGGCUUCCUCGAUCGGUUCCACUAUCGCGGCUGGAAGGGUAGCGUUCUGGCCAAGCUGAAGACCACUUCUGAAUUCCGAAGUAGUUUGACUUUCGAGAAGGACGGCGUUAUCCAUAUCUUCCCGGGUAAAGUGAGCAACGUCGUGACGGCUGCCGAGGAAGUGAUUCCUCUGAUCAAUGACAUCGCACGUCGACGACACGGUGUGGUGCGAGAAUGGAAAGGAGUGCGUUUCACCGUGAGUAGCGCCUUCCACACGCACGGCGAAGAAAUUGGCGACAAGCCCGGAUUGGGCGAACACCACACCAGCAACCUGCAGACCUAUGUCUCACUGAUCACUGCCAACUAA